AUGGCUGCCGCUUAUCUCCAGCGGAGCUCCACUCGUCAUUUCCAUGACGCAAUAAACUUUGUCAAUUUUAACCAAGAUUUUUCUUGUAUCUCGGUUGGUACAAAAAAUGGUUAUAAUCUCUUUAACUGUGACCCGUUUGGCAAGUGUUUUGCCAAAGUUGACGGAGGAAUAGGCAUUGUUGAAAUGCUCUUUUGCACUUCUCUUGUAGCAGUCGUUGGUGUUGGCGACCAACCACACCUAUCGCCUCGCAGACUUAAAAUUGUAAACACAAAGAGAAAACUUAACAUUUGUGAACUUACAUUCCCAACUGCUGUCCUUAGAGUUAAACUCAACCGUAAGCGACUUAUCGUCCUGCUUGAAGAACAAAUUUACAUUUAUGAUAUCAGUAACAUGCAGCUUCUCUACACCAUUGAAACCUCGCCAAAUCCACAGGCCAUCUGCGCACUUUCGCCUUCUUCAGAUAACUGCUAUCUCGCCUACCCAUCUCCAGCACCACAAUCAUCCUCCCCAUUUGCCUUCCCGCCUCAUGUUCCCGCUGCAAACAAUCUUACCUCUCCCAACCGUACUGGUGACGUUGUUGUCUUUGAUACCCUUACUUUACAGCCUGUCAACGUCAUUGAAGCCCACAAAAGCCCGCUUGCUGCCCUGUCAUUUAAUGCUGACGGGAAUUUGCUUGCCACUGCUUCGGACAAGGGUACCAUUGUACGCGUUUUUUCAAUCCCAAGCGCAACAAAACUCUACCAAUUCCGUAGAGGAACCUACCCCUCCCGCAUCUUUUCAAUCAACUUUAACGCUGCUUCAUCUCUUCUAGCAGUCUCCUCGGCUACCGAAACGGUCCAUAUCUUUAGACUCGCUCGGCCAGGUAACGUCCAACCAGUCUCCGUUCCGGCAGUUGCCCGUCCGGAACAUAAAAAUGCGCCCUCGGCUGCUUCACCAACUUCUCCAACUUCUCCAAGCAUUUCUUCUGUUCAUUCAGAACAAAACCAUCAAACUCAAGAUACCCAGCAUUCUGAAAAUAAUGACUCCAAUUCUCACGAAAAUAACCACUCCGACUCUCAUGGGUCGCCACCGCAAGAAGAACACCACCACCAUGAAGACCAACAAACUGCAGGCUCUCUACAAGCAGACAGCGACUCGGCGUCGUCAAUGUCUAUUGACAGCCAAGCUGCUGCCGCUGCUGCCAUUUUACCACAAUUAACCAAUCGCGAGGAAUCAGUUAACUCGCUAGGACUCGACUCGGCUACAGACUCGCGCAAAUGGCAUUUGGGCGGCCGAUCGUCACCCAGCCCCGGAGCUGCUACCCCUAAUAGCACAGGCAAUGGCCAAGCAGCCACAUCAUCUAUGGCAUCCAUGCUUCGCCGCGGAUCGCGUACACUGGGCCGCCAGGUGGCUGGGGCUGUUGGCACAUACCUCCCCUCGGCAGUCACCGAAAUGUGGGAACCUCAGCGUGACUUUGCAUUUGUCAAGCUUCCUGGAGCUGCAGGACUCAAGUCUGUGGUGGCCUUUAACGCGGCUUCUACGAGACUUUUUGCAGUCACAAGCGAGGGUUACUUUUACCAAUACGCUAUUGACCACGCCAAAGGUGGCGAGGGCCAGCUACUUCAACAAUAUAGUCUUCUUGACAAUUCCGAAGAGUAA